AUGUCCCUGAAGCUCGUAAUCGUGGCCGUUCAUCUGCUAUUGCUUCUCGUAGUGGACUUCUCGUCUGGGAACUUCUGCGAUCAGGGUCCCCCGGGACGCUACUGUUACAAGGACCUUACCGGCUGGUAUGAUUGCAAAAUUGAUGCUAAGACCCAAAAGAUGACAGAGACGAAACACAAUUGUCCACCCAACAAAAGGUGAGGAGAUUUCAGAUUUGGGGGGGAGUAACCCUUUGACCCUUAAGGGUGACACUCACAUCUAAUUUUUCCCGCCUUCAAUAUCACUCGUGAAUCACACAUUGAAGAAAAUGAUCACCAACUAAAGAAGCUGUUGAUUGCUUAACAAAUUCUCCUUAUCGGCAACUUAGUAAACGUAUAGAGAACAGUAUGGAGAAUGUUCAUACUGAUUUUAGGCUGAAAACCAUUUUUUUACACAAAUAACUCACAAUUAUUUUAUUGUGUGAUUCCAUCUAGGUGUCAGUGUUUCUACGGUCCUAGCUGUUCAUCGAACAUAACAGAUCCUUGCGCAACAUAUCAACUUCCCCCUCCCCUGCCAAAGGUGUUUUCCACGUUUUACACCACAACAGUCACAAAUUGUAAGAACAAAGCUUGCACUACUGUGACGAACAUCGGCGAAAUGCUGCAGAACGCCACCGCUGGAGAGCAGCGAAUAGAUGAAAUUGGAAUAAGCUGGACCACGCGGUUUAUUUUUCCUUUCCAAUACAUCGAAAACGACGACUAUAUCCAGGUACACACUCUGGUUGUUAAAUUCAAAUCUAGGAAAGCCUGUACUCUUUAACUUUGGCAAUUAAUAUGGAGUUUUUUUUAAGCCCGUGCUUUUAUCCAAUGAACGAAGCGCCCACUAAUUUGCACCGGAUGACACAAUCUGGUCUUUGGUGGACAAGCUUUCUUUUUCAAGCGCAGGUGGUAGCUUUUUCAUGCGCGAGAUUGUCAUGUUUUUUUUGACACACACGAUCACAGCUAUACUUCCUCUAAGGCACCAAGAAAAGUUCAGAGAGGGAAUAAAUGUCACCCAAAAGUCACUUAUUGUUAGAAAUAGCAACGAAGUGAACGCGUUCAAGGAGUAUGUUUCUGAUAAGUUUCAUUUUGCGAAUGCAUUCUUUUUCCCCUCCCUGCAAUCUAAGAACUCUCAACACUGUCAAUAUUUUUUUCCUGAUCAUUUUACAUAUUUUAGUUCGACACAGCUUGGUUUAAGAAGAGCUGCAUCCUUAAAACCCGCUCCAUUUUCCCGCGCUUUGGAGUUCCAAAUUAUUUCACCUGUGAUCUGUCGGAGAAGUUCAUUGAAAAGUACAACGCUACAUUGAAAAUGUGUUCCUGGGAGUCUGGGGGCCGCAGUAAGACCGAGAUGGUUUCCUUAGAGAGAUGGUUCCUGGAGAGCCUCCCUGAUGGUCGAUACAAGCCGUAUAUGUACCAGUCCAUAUCACGGCCGACUCCCAGCAGCAAUAACACUGAAUACACUGAUACCAUGUACUACUCGUUUUUCACGGAUUUCUUGGAUCCAAGCCAGCUGACGAUGCCUACGUUCUGCGCUCAGGGGGUCGCGGCUUUCUACAAAACCGAGGUUUAA